UCUGGAUUUAAUAAAUAAUAGUGACUCUGCCGAAAAUUGUCAGUUAUUUUGCCUUUAAGAAAAUAAGUCUAAGAGGCUUAAAAAAAAACCCUUUGAGGUGUAUUAGAACAUUAUGGAAUAAAACUAAAUGCAAGCAAACUUUGACACACACCAAGAAGUCCACACCCACAGAUCAGUCAGAUCCGAGGUCUGAAGUCUUUCUCUGACACUAGACAGCUGAAUCAACUGCAGUCUCCUGUCCUUACAGACAUCAACCUGUGAGAUAUAAGAUUGAUCAUGUAUGCAGUUGUUACUCUGCAGGACUCAGAAGAGGUGAUGGUGGCACCAACCCACUGGUUGAGCUCAGACAAGAAACAAUGUCACUGGCCUCCAUUCAAAUCCCCAGAGAAGUGCACAGAAGCUGUCCAGAACAGAAUGAAACCUGAAACAGGAGGGAAACCAUGGGAGAAAUUAAAUAUUAGCUUUCACAGAGAUUUUGUCACUUUUGAAAGGGCAAAAGAUGAGCAAAAAACGAUUGAAGAACAGAAAGAACGGCGAUAUCUAUUAGCUACUGGAUUCUCUCCAAUAUUAAAAAGACAAAGAAUUGAAAGCACUCAAGCAAAACACCAACCUGCUCCUGCAUCACCUGCAUCUACAUCCAGAAUGUCAGCUGAUGACAAGGAUGAGCUCCUCCAAAUGCUGAGAGACAUCAAGAGCACAGUUCAGGAAAACUCUGCUAUGUUAAAGAAACUACUCAAAGACAAUACAGUUCCUGAGGUACCCAGCAGCAGUACUUACAUUCCACCCAAGGAAGUUAAAACAAGCCUAAAUCUGCCUCUUAGAACCUUUGAAGAUAUGGAGAGAAGUGAAAGGGAGCUCAAAACCACAAAAACACGCAAAGAAUAUGUAAAAUAUUUGUCAGGACUUGGAGGUUUUGGAAACAGGGAUGUGAUUAAGAACAUAAUGCAACAUGUCCUAACAGAUGAUCUGGCUAAGGAAUUCAACUGGAUAGGGAAAGGAAAUAAGAAACCCUUCUCUCAGCUGACUUUAGCAGAUGUGAUCAGAGAUGCUGCAUUAAAACGACAAGUAACCAGGGUCGACUGUGAAACUGAAAUAAAAAAGCAUCUGAGUUACACAGCUGAUCGACUCGGUCGGAAGAGAGCAAGAGAGCUAGCAGCAGGUCUUGGGCUUGAGAUCCCAAAUGUGAUCCCCACGCUGAUGGACGACGAGCCAGAGAUAUCUUGGGAUGAUUAUAAAAUUUUAUAAUGAAUCACAGGUCAUGCAGACAAAAUUACACAUUUUUACAAAGUACUGUAUGUUAUUUGACAUUUUUUAUUACUUUUAAAAUCCCUGUGACAUUACUGCAUGAAUUGCCAUGUUUUUCAGCUGUGUGACAGUAGAUGAAUUCGCAUGUUUGUUUGAGCCAACAAACUUUACUUCCUCAAUAUUGAAGCAUUUUGUAAAUAGGUUUUUAAUCUAUAUCUGUGGUUGUCAGGGAUUCAUUAAAUUACAUGUGAUGAUUCCUUUCGAAAUAAAUCAGAAUUAAAGAUUA